AUGAAGACUUUGAGAUUAAGGUUUCUUACAAGAGUAAACUCUUUUGGCAAAAAAUUAAUAAGCUCGUCUGAUUACUUUGCUUAAUAACCACAGCUAAGGAUAUAAAAAUAAAAAAAAUUUUCUACAACUUUAGGAGCAUUUAUGACUUAUUGUAUAAUUACAGUUUGCAUUAUUCAACUUAUUUCUUAAAUUCAGGAUAUCUUUGAUAAGAAUCAUCCUAAUGUUAUCACUUCAGAAUUUUAAUUAUUCAAUACUGAUGUAUAUUUAAUGUUUUAGAAAGGAAUACAUUUUAUAUCCACAUAAUUAUACUGUUGCAUUAGCCUUAACAAAUGGCAAACUUUAAACAAUUUAAGGGUAAAACUUAUAUUUUAAUAUCUCCAUAAUGAACUGUAAAAGAUAAAGAUAUAUAAAUGAAACAAAUGGCUAAAAAAUACCUAAAUUAGAGUAUUGACAUAAAAAUAUAUAUGUAGUUGUUAUUAUUAUCCAGUUGAAGAAUGUACAGAUAAACAUUUUCCAAGCGAGUUUUAACAAAAAUAUUUUAAAUCUUUUAAUAAGUCUGGUUUAUAUUGUGCAAAAAUUAGCAAUUGGAAUGAAAGGCCAAUAAAGCUCUAAGGAACUCCUUAAUCAGAUGUAUUUUAAUAUAUUGAUAUCUUUAUAUCAAAAUGCAAAAAUAAUACAGAAUAUCAAAAUUGUUCGUCAGAUUAAGAUAUAAAUUCACUAUUAUCAGGAAAUUAUUUGGCUAUUCAUUCCUCUGACAGCCUUACAAAGAUGUAAGAGUAUAAGAAUUCUUUUGAAAAAAUCAUUUCAGCAUAAUAUUAUUUUUAUUCAGUCAGCAUUACGAAAACUAUGUUAUCUUAACUAAAAUUAAUAGAAGUUUUAUCAGAUAUAGGGUUACUUACCACAAAUAUAUAAAAAGAAUUCUCUUUUUAAUAAUUGACGGUUAAGGAAGCAUCAGAAGUAUAUAACAAUUAAUAUAUUUUUAAAUAUGGCAUAAUUAUAGACUAAAGAAUGGCUUAGUACUCAAGAACUUACUAAAAAUUACAAAACGCUUUUAGUAAUAUUGGAGGAUUAUUUCAAGUAUUAAGUUUAAUUUCAUAAAUAUUUUUAAAUCCUUUUACUACAUUUUUAACUGAAAUUGAAAUGGCAAAUGAAUAUUUUAGAUUUGAGUCAAAUAGUAAAGGAAAAAAGAAUAAUCAUAAACAUUAGAAACAAAAAAGCUUUUUCAUACCUUAGGAUUAAUGUUAAGAAAUUGUUGAAGAUGAGUUGCCUAAUACAUCAGGAAGAGUGUAAAAGGAAAAACAAAAAUAAAUUAUUUAGUCAAAUCGGCUUGAAAACAGCAUAGAUAUUUAAAAGUUUUUAAACUAUUAGCAAUUACAUUAAAAAAUGUCGAAAUAAGUUAUCUUUCAACUUGCAAUUUGUUGUAAUAGAUAAAAAAAUAAAUAAAUACACUAUGCUAUUGAUAAAGUUAUGUCAAAAUUAGAUGUAUCAUUCAUUAUUUAGAAGUUACAAGAGUUAGAUAAAUUGAAAUAUUUACUUUUAUCAAAUGAUCAAAUUAAUCUAUUCAAUUAUAUUCCAAAACCAUUAAUUCCUUUUGGAGUUUUUGAAUAGGAAUUUUAAGAAAAUAUACAAAAUUUAGAGUAAAAGAUAUCAUACAAAUUAAUAUUGGAUGAUGAAAAAUCUGAAAUAACAAAAAUUAAUGAUGCUUUUAAAAGCUAUUAAAAUUUAAAAUUAAAAUAAUACUUGUCCUAAACAGAUAAAUAGAUAUUAGAGUUUUUGGAUGAUGAAAUCAAAUGUACUUUUGAUUAACUUUUUGUAUAGAACUUUAGAGGUCUUGAAUCUAGAGAAAAACGACCUGUACUUGAUAUGGAAAGCAUCUGUGAAAGUAGAUUUCCAGUCAGAGAUUCUAUGGUUGAAAGUUGA